UUUACAUUGUGAAGAAUCGAUCGUUCAAGAUGGUGGUAGGUGGGCUUUCUAUGCUUUUCAAGGACGAAGAACGCAGCAGAAAAGACUCCAGGUCCAUGAGCAUGGCAGCAGCGGAAUCGGCAGAGGUUAAAGGACCAGUGGAACACAUAGAGAAUAAGUCGGUGAUGAUGAUAAGAACCAGCCAAGAAUUCAGCGGAAAUAAGACAUUGAAGAUUCCUCUUCACUACCCAAGUUACACCAAGAAGGAAUACGAGUACAUGCCCGAGUGGCAACUUGACAUGCUUCUUCAAGAAUAUGGAUUGCCUAUUCAGGGUGACUUGGGUUACAAGAGAGAGUUGGCCAUCUCUGCCUUCGUUUGGCCUGAACCUCAUUCAAAACUGAUCGUCGCUUCUCCUGUGGAUUCUGAUAAAGGCUUCACUUCUCAGGGAAAGAAGAUCAAAACCAGCAGUAUAGUUGAGUUUCUAUGUCAUGUAUUAGGGUUUGCAUAA